AUGGGCUACAUAGACGACGAGUAUGAUCGCCUGUCUGUGCAGUCACUACAAUCGUCAUCGACGCCCAUCUCCACGCUCAGCGGCUUCACGGUAGUAGAGCUAGAAAGUGCUACUGUUGAGCUUCAGAAGAUCUUCCAAGAAGACGCGGACCUUGUCAGACUCUAUCGUCAGGCUAUCAAAGAUAAAGCCACCGGGCCUGGAAGGUUGCAACGUAACGUCGGCCGACUGCUCAAACUCUUUGCUCAAAACUUGCGUCGUGAGACCAUUACAGUAGAACAACAACAGCAAGCCAGAACAAUGAGUGGCAUCCCAAUUAGCACACUCAUUAGCACAGCGGGUGCUCCGUUUUAG